GCGGAGUAUCGGCGUCCACCCGCCCAGGGAGAGUCAGACCUGGGGGGGCGAGGGCCCCCCAAACUCAGUUCGGAUCCUACCCGAGUGAGGCGGCGCCAUGGAGCUCCGGGCGCUGCUCUGCUGGGCUUCGUUGGCCGCAGCUUUGGAAGAGACCCUGCUGAACACAAAAUUGGAAACUGCGGAUCUGAAGUGGGUGACGUUCCCUCAGGUGGACGGGCAGUGGGAGGAACUGAGCGGCCUGGAUGAGGAACAGCACAGCGUGCGCACCUACGAGGUGUGUGACGUGCAGCGUGCCCCGGGCCAGGCCCACUGGCUUCGCACAGGUUGGGUCCCACGGCGGGGCGCCGUCCACGUGUACGCCACGCUGCGCUUCACCAUGCUCGAGUGCCUGUCCCUGCCUCGGGCUGGGCGCUCCUGCAAGGAGACCUUCACCGUCUUCUACUAUGAGAGCGAUGCAGACACGGCCACGGCCCUCACACCAGCCUGGAUGGAGAACCCCUACAUCAAGGUGGACACGGUGGCCGCGGAGCAUCUCACCCGGAAGCGCCCUGGGGCCGAGGCCACCGGGAAGGUGAAUGUCAAGACGCUGCGUCUGGGACCGCUCAGCAAGGCCGGCUUCUACCUGGCCUUCCAGGACCAGGGUGCCUGCAUGGCCCUGCUAUCCCUGCACCUCUUCUACAAAAAGUGCGCCCAGCUGACUGUGAACCUGACCCGCUUCCCGGAGACUGUGCCUCGGGAGCUGGUCGUGCCCGUAGCCGGUAGCUGCGUGGUGGAUGCCGUCCCCGCCCCUGGCCCUAGCCCCAGCCUCUACUGCCGUGAGGAUGGCCAGUGGGCCGAACAGCCGGUCACGGGCUGCAGCUGUGCUCCGGGGUUCGAGGCAGCUGAGGGGAACACCAAGUGCCGAGCCUGUGCCCAGGGCACCUUCAAGCCCCUGUCAGGAGAAGGGUCCUGCCAGCCAUGCCCAGCCAAUAGCCAUUCUAACACCAUGGGAUCAGCCGUCUGCCAGUGCCGCGUCGGGUACUUCCGGGCACGCACAGACCCCCGGGGUGCACCCUGCACCACUCCUCCUUCGGCUCCGCGGAGCGUGGUUUCCCGCCUGAACGGCUCCUCCCUGCACCUGGAAUGGAGUGCCCCCCUGGAGUCUGGUGGCCGAGAGGACCUCACCUACGCCCUCCGCUGCCGGGAGUGCCGACCCGGAGGCUCCUGUGCGCCCUGCGGGGGAGACCUGACUUUUGACCCCGGCCCCCGGGACCUGGUGGAGCCCUGGGUGGUGGUUCGAGGGCUACGUCCUGACUUCACCUAUACCUUUGAGGUCACUGCAUUGAACGGGGUAUCCUCCUUAGCCACGGGGCCCAUCCCAUUUGAGCCUGUCAAUGUCACCACCGACCGAGAGGUUAAGGGAAAGAGCUACCAUGCACAAGGGUUCCCUGUGUCUCUGCCUCUCACAGUACCUCCUGCAGUGUCCGACAUCCGGGUGACGCGGUCCUCACCCAGCAGCUUGAGCCUGGCCUGGGCUGUUCCCCGGGCACCCAGUGGGGCUGUGCUGGACUACGAGGUCAAAUACCAUGAGAAGGGCGCCGAGGGUCCCAGCAGCGUGCGGUUCCUGAAGACGUCAGAAAACCGGGCAGAGCUGCGGGGGCUGAAGCGGGGAGCCAGCUACCUGGUGCAGGUACGGGCGCGCUCUGAGGCCGGCUACGGGCCCUUCGGCCAGGAACAUCACAGCCAGACGCAACUGGAUGAGAGCGAGGGCUGGCGGGAGCAGCUGGCCCUGAUUGCGGGCACGGCAGUCGUGGGUGUGGUCCUGGUCCUGGUGGUCAUUGUGGUCGCGGUUCUCUGCCUCAGGAAGCAGAGCAAUGGGAGAGAAGCAGAAUAUUCGGACAAACACGGACAGUAUCUCAUCGGGCAUGGUACUAAGGUCUACAUCGACCCCUUCACUUAUGAAGACCCUAAUGAGGCUGUGAGGGAAUUUGCAAAAGAGAUCGAUGUCUCCUACGUCAAGAUUGAAGAGGUGAUUGGUGCAGGUGAGUUUGGCGAGGUGUGCCGGGGGCGGCUCAAGGCCCCAGGGAAGAAGGAGAGCUGUGUGGCAAUCAAGACCCUGAAGGGUGGCUACACGGAGCGGCAGCGGCGUGAGUUUCUGAGCGAGGCCUCCAUCAUGGGCCAAUUCGAGCAUCCCAAUAUCAUCCGCCUGGAGGGCGUGGUCACCAACAGCAUGCCCGUCAUGAUUCUCACAGAGUUCAUGGAGAACGGCGCCCUGGACUCCUUCCUGCGGCUAAACGACGGACAGUUCACAGUCAUCCAGCUCGUGGGCAUGCUGCGGGGCAUCGCCUCAGGCAUGCGGUACCUUGCCGAGAUGAGCUACGUCCACCGAGACCUGGCUGCUCGCAACAUCCUAGUCAACAGCAACCUCGUCUGCAAAGUGUCUGACUUUGGCCUUUCCCGAUUCCUGGAGGAGAACUCUUCUGAUCCCACCUACACGAGCUCCCUGGGAGGAAAGAUUCCCAUCCGAUGGACUGCCCCGGAGGCCAUUGCCUUCCGGAAGUUCACUUCCGCCAGUGAUGCCUGGAGUUACGGGAUUGUGAUGUGGGAGGUGAUGUCAUUUGGGGAGAGGCCGUACUGGGACAUGAGCAAUCAGGACGUGAUCAAUGCCAUUGAACAGGACUACCGGCUGCCCCCGCCCCCAGACUGUCCCACCUCCCUCCACCAGCUCAUGCUGGACUGUUGGCAGAAAGACCGGAAUGCCCGGCCCCGCUUCCCCCAGGUGGUCAGCGCCCUGGACAAGAUGAUCCGGAACCCCGCCAGCCUCAAAAUCGUGGCCCGGGAGAAUGGCGGGGCCUCCCACCCUCUCCUGGACCAGCGGCAGCCUCACUACUCAGCUUUUGGCUCUGUGGGCGAGUGGCUUCGGGCCAUCAAAAUGGGAAGAUACGAAGAAAGUUUCGCAGCCGCUGGCUUUGGCUCCUUCGAGCUGGUCAGCCAGAUCUCUGCCGAGGACCUGCUCCGAAUCGGAGUCACUCUGGCGGGACACCAGAAGAAAAUCUUGGCCAGUGUCCAGCACAUGAAGUCCCAGGCCAAGCCGGGGACCCCGGGUGGAACAGGAGGACCGGCCCCGCAGUACUGACCUGCAGGAACUCCCCACCCCAGGGACACCGCCUCCCUAUUUUCCGGGGCAGAGUGGGGACUCACAGAGGCCCCCAGCCCUGUGCCCCGCUGGAUUGCACUUUGAGCCCGUGGGGUGAGGAGUUGGCAAUUUGGAGAGACAGGAUUUGGGGGUUCUGCCAUAAUAGGAGGGGAAAAUCACCCCCCAGCCACCUCGGGGAACUCCAGACCAAGGGUGAGGGCGCCUUUCCCUCAGGACUGGGUGUGACCAGAGGAAAAGGAAGUGCCCAUCAUCUCCCGGCCUCCCCAGGUGCCGCCCCUCACCUUGAUGGGUGCGUUCCCGCAGACCAAAGAGAGUGUGACUCCCUUGCCAGCUCCGGGGGGGGGCUGUCCCAGGGGGCAAGAAGGGGUGUCAGGGCCCAGUGACAAAAUCAUUGGGGUUUGUAGUCCCAACUUGCUGCUGUCACCACCAAACUCAAUCAUUUUUUUCCCUUGUAAAUGCCCCUCCCCCAGCUGCUGCCUUCAUAUUGAAGGUUUUUGAGUUUUGUUUUUGGUCUUAAUUUUUCUCCCCGUUCCCUUUUUGUUUUUUCGUUUUGUUUUUCUACCGUCGUUGUCAUAACUUUGUGUUGGAGGGAACCUGUUUCACUAUGGCUCCUUUGCCCAAGUUGAAACAGGGGCCCAUCAUGGUGUCUGUUUCCAGAACAGUGCCUUGGUCAUCCCACAUCCCCGGACCCCGCCUGGGACCCCCAAGCUGUGUCCUAUGAAGGGAUGUGGGGUGAGGUAGUGAAAAGGGCGGUAGUUGGUGGUGGAACCCAGAAACGGAAGCUGGUGCUUGGAGGGGUUCUUAAAUUAUAUUUAAAAAAGUAACUUUUUGUAUAAAUAAAAGAAAAUGGGACGUGUCCCAGCUCCAGGGG